GGUCAGGUGCAGAUGGAUGUAGUUGAACUCAGCUAACAGAGAGGGCUCAUCUUGGUGUUAAGCGGGGAGCUCCACAUUGGAUCUGUCAUAACCUGUGGAAGAGAACUCCUCUGGCUAAGUUCAUCUAGAGGGAGACCGGACAGAGGCCAGCAUGUUUAAGUCAGUGGCCCAGGUGAAGAGAGGCUCCUUGCCCCUUGUAGCCUCACUCUUGCUGAGGAGCUCCAGCAGCAGAGCCAACAACAAGGGGAUAUUGGCUAAUAAGGUCGCUGUGAUCACCGGGUCCACAGAUGGGAUUGGCUUCGCCAUCGCCAGGCGUCUGGCCCAGGACGGGGCCCACGUGGUGGUCAGCAGCCGGAAGCAGCAGAACGUGGACCGGGCUGUGGCAGCGCUGCAGGGGGAGAAGCUGAGCGUGAUGGGCACUGUGUGCCACGUGGGGAAGGCCGAAGACCAGGAACGCCUGGUGGCCAAGGCCUUGGAACACUGUGGGGCUGUCGACAUCCUGGUGUGUGUGGCAGGGGUCAAUCCCUUGGUGGGAAGUACCUUGGGGAGCAGCGAGCAAGUCUGGGACAAGAUCCUGAGCGUGAACGUGAAGGCCCCAGCCCUGCUUCUGAGCCAGCUGCUGCCCUACAUGGAAAGCAGGGGGGAAGGCUCUGUGGUUCUGAUUUCCUCCAUUGGGGUGUACCUCCCAGAACCUAAACUAGGGGCCUACAAUGUCAGUAAAACUGCCAUUCUGGGACUCACCAAGACCUUGUCAAUGGAGUUGGCACCAAAAAACAUCCGGGUGAACUGCCUGGUGCCAGGACUCAUUGACACACCCUUCAGCCAAGUGCUAAUAAAGGAUCAAGACCUUCAGCAAACGAUGAAGACAGCCUAUAAAAUACAGAGGAUUGGGCGUCCAGAGGACUGUGCAGGUCUCGUGUCCUUCCUGUGCUCUCCAGAUGCCAGCUACAUCACAGGCGAGAACAUCGUGGUGGCUGGCUUCUCCCCUUGCCUCUGAAGAACAUGAGCUCAGAGGCUUGCCUCUCGGUGUGGAAACCCCCUGUGGCUCUGGGGCCACCAUGUUGGGACACCUCUAUAAAUGAUGAGCCUGUGCUCCCAAGUACACACUUUAAGUUCAAUAUUGUCAGAGUGUGAAACAAUAAAGAAUAUCAAAAAAGAAAAUUUA